CUAAGUACAUCAUUACUAAAUUUGACCUUAACAUGAUGUCUGCAUCAGAGAAUGAAAAUAACAAUUCUUGUUUACAAGAUAUCAAUGACGAUGAUGUAACCACAAGACUCAUUAACUUAAUUAACAAAACUGGAUGCCAGAUUAUUCAAAAAAAUGGGCAGAGGUGUUUUGGACCACCUCCUGAUUGGACUGGACCAGAACCAGAUAGAGGAUGUGAAGUUUAUUUUACAAAUAUACCGUGCACAGUUUUCGAAGAUAAACUUGUUCCAAUAUUCAGCCAAGUUGGAAAGAUUUAUGAGUUAAGGCUUAUGCUUAACUUUUCUGGAUAUAAUAGGGGCUAUGGGUUUGUGAAAUUCUCAUCUGAGGAAGAAGCUGAUGAGGCUAUUUUGAAAUUAAAUAGGUAUCCUUUUGUCGGUUGCAAUGGUGGUAUGAAAGUCAUGAGAUCUGCUGAUAACAGGCGUUUGUUUUUGGGUCAUAUUCCACCGUUUGUGACUGCACCAGAAAUAUUCGAUGAAUUGGCAGCUCUUGCUGAUGGUGUAGUUGAAGUCAUAUUACCACCUAAUGAUCGAGAUCCUAUGCUUAAUCGUGGUUAUGCAUUUGUUGAAUUUGAAUCGCAUAGAAAAGCUGCUAUUGCUAGACGUAGCAUGCUUCCUGGAGGUGUGCGAUUGUGGAACACAUGUCUUUCAAUUGGUUGGGCUCAACCUGAAUACAAUGUUAAUAAGAAAAUUAUGUCCCAGGUGAAAGUUCUCUACUUCCAGAAUUUGCCGCUUGAAAUGACUGAAUAUGAUCUUAAGAAAUUAAUUUUGCCUAUACUUAAUAAUAAUGAAACAUUUUUAAAUCGCUUAAGGAAAGUCAAAUGUUAUGCCUUUGCACAUUUCGUCUCAAGAGAAGUUGCGCAAGAGGUACUAGAGAAACUUGAUGGUAUCAGGGUUGCACAACGAAUCAUAAGAAUAGAAUGGGCUAAACCGGAUUCUCCAAGACGUCAAGUAAUAGCAGCAAAAAGACUUGAGCAGAAAACUUCUAAACAAUUAACUUCACAAUCAACAAACAUAUAUUUGAACACAAAGGGAAAUAACACUUAUGCAAAUGAUGAUUAUUUAAUCAAUGAUAUGACUAACUUGAGUUUGGAAAAUCAGGCUAUAACUGUUUUAGAUAAGCUCAAUUCUAACCACAUAGAUAAAAAUCAUCAUAUACAUCAAGAAUGGCAAAAUUGGAAUUGUAUGGAACUCUACCAAUUUUGUUUUAAAUAUCCUGAGAGCUUGCACACUUUACAAAAAAUAUUGACAACAUGUCAAUCGAAAAACUUAUGUGUUCCUGAAUUUAGAUACAUUUACCAUCUAGAUGGAAAUAGAUAUAUGUAUAACUGCAUGGGAUAUUUUCCAAAAUACCAAGGAUUAGACUCUUAUUAUGCAACAGGAGGGAACUGUUUUGAUCUAGAAUUUACUUUACUACAAGCUAUGCAAGUAAUGCUGAAAUACUUGCAAAAUAAUCUAUAA